CACAUACUCUCCAGCCAUUCCCCCACUCAUUAAUAACACUGCUGGCUUCCUCAGCCCCUCAUGAGCAGGGGGGACACCCUGUAAGGCGGCUAGGAGAGCAGUGGAAGAGCAGAGCCUGCAUGCACCCUCACCUGCAGCCCCCCACCACCAGCCCCUUCCCUCCACCUUCCCCCAGCGCUGGUAUAUAGACCUUGACCACAUUGUGCACCAUAUACCUACCUAACUACCAACCCACCCGGCUGUCUUCUGAUCCACCAACCUCAUUGCCAUCUAAACCCUUCACGUUUUUUGGGGGGAAGAUCACUUUAUUUGUACUACCCUUUCCUGCUAUCAAGUAAGGAGCCUUGCAGUGGAAGGCCAGGCGGUGAAAGGAAAAAAUAAAAUAAAGGCACCCCCUCUUCCCUCCAUCUUUUAACCCGUUGUGGUCCUUGGGCUCCACAAUGCCGACUCUGUGGACAGAUGUUCCAGUGGUGAUCGUAUUGGGAUUUGUCUGCUGUACCCUGCAUGUCCUUGCAACCACUGUCAGUGAUGCUCCCAAGACCUGUAGCCCCAGGCACUUUGCUUGUAAGGAUCAGGUGACCUGCAUAUCUAAAGGCUGGAGAUGUGAUGGUGAGAAGGAUUGUCCCGAUGGUUCUGAUGAAGCACCUGAAAUAUGUCCGCAAAGCACAAUAUCGAAAUGCCAGCCGAAUGAGCAACACUGCUUAGGAACAGAACUGUGUAUACCAAUGAGCAAGCUGUGUAAUGGGCGUGACGACUGCCCCCACGGAUCAGACGAAGGUCCAUUCUGCAGGGAGUUCUCUAGCAACUGCAGCCAAAACACACUGGGAUGUACGCAUAACUGUGCACCAACCUUGAGUGGACCAAUGUGUUAUUGUAACACGUCUUACCAGUUGGCUGACGAUGGCAAGACUUGCAAAGACUUCGAUGAAUGCACAGUGUAUGGGACCUGCAGCCAGUUGUGCAUUAACACUGAAGCAUCAUAUAUAUGUAGGUGUGUGGAGGGGUAUCUGUUGCAACCUGAUAACAAGUCUUGCAAAGCAAAGAAUGAGCCAGUUGACAGACCCACGGUUCUUCUUAUUGCCAGUACAAAGAACAUAGUAGCCACGUACUUAAAUGGAGCUUACGUGACAACCAUUGUUCCUAGCAGUACUAAGCAAACCACAGCCAUGGAUUUCAAUUAUGUGGAGGAGACGGUUUGUUGGAUCCACAUGGGGGACAGUCCUUCUCAAACUACGCUCAACUGUGCAAAGAUUGCCAACCUAAAGGGCUUUACUGACACACGCACCAUCAACAUCUCACUGAGCCUUCAUCAUGUGGAACAGAUGGCAAUUGACUGGUUAACAGGCAACUUCUACUUUGUAGAUGACAUUGAUGACCGUAUAUUUGUCUGCAAUAGAAAUGGAGACACCUGUGUCACCCUUCUCGACCGAGAACUCUACAAUCCCAAGGGUAUUGCCUUAGAUCCAACCAUGGGGAAGUUAUUUUUUACAGAUUAUGGUCAGAUCCCCAAAGUGGAGCGUUGCGACAUGGAUGGGCAAAACCGAACAAAGUUAGUAGACAGCAAAAUUGUAUUUCCACAUGGGAUUACGUUGGAUCUUGUCAACAGAUUAGUUUACUGGGCUGAUGCCUACUUGGACUACAUCGAAGUGGUGGAUUACGAAGGCAAAAACAGACACACGAUAAUACAAGGGCUUCUAAUCGAGCACUUAUAUGGUUUGACUGUUUUUGAGAACUAUCUGUAUGCUACUAACACGGACCAUGCCAAUGCUCAACAUAAAACCAGUGUGAUCCGUGUAAAUCGUUUCAACAGCACGGAAUACCAAGUGGUGACCAGGGUUGAUAAAGGAGGAGCUCUCCACAUCUACCACCAACGCAGACAACCAACAGUGAGAAGCCAUGCCUGUGAACCAGACCAAUACAAGAAGCCUGGCGGAUGCUCGGACAUAUGUCUUCUCAGCAACAAUCACAAGAACAAAACAUGCCGCUGCCGGUCUGGGUUUAGCUUGGGUAGUGAUGGGAAAUCAUGCAAAAAGCCGGAGCAUGAGCUCUUCUUGGUGUAUGGCAGAGGACGUCCUGGCAUUAUUCGAGGGAUGGACAUUGGAGCAAAUAUCCCUGAUGAACACAUGAUACCCAUCGAGAAUCUUAUGAACCCUCGGGCCUUGGACUUUCAUGCAGAGUAUGGGUUCAUAUAUUUUGCAGACACCACCAGCUUCCUCAUUGGGAGACAAAAAAUUGAUGGGAACGACCGAGAGACAAUCUUGAAAGAAGGUAUCCAUAAUGUUGAAGGCAUUGCUGUUGAUUGGAUGGGAAACAACUUGUACUGGACAGAUGAUGGUCCAAAGAAGACAAUCAGCGUAGCCAGACUAGAAAAAGCUUCACAAACAAGAAAGACCUUGGUAGAAGGAAAAAUGACUCAUCCUAGAGCUAUUGUGGUGGAUCCAUUGAAUGGGUGGAUGUAUUGGACAGACUGGGAAGAAGACCCCAAGGAGAGCAAGAGAGGGAAGAUUGAAAGAGCUUGGAUGGAUGGUUCCAAUCGCAACAUCUUUGUCACAUCCAAGGCUGUUUUAUGGCCUAACGGGCUAAGUAUCGACAUCCCCAACCAGGUCUUGUACUGGGUGGAUGCCUUCUAUGACCGGAUUGAAAUGGUGUAUCUCAAUGGCACAAACCGAAAGGCUGUAUAUGAAGGUGCAGAGCUGAACCAUGCUUUUGGCCUGUGCCACUAUGGUAGCUUUCUCUUCUGGACAGAAUACCGAAGUGGCAGCAUUUAUCGGCUGGACCAAACGUCUAAAACAGUCACUUUGUUAAGAAAUGAGAGACCUCCCAUUUUUGAAAUUCGAAUGUAUGAUGCUCAGCAGCAGCAAGUAGGUUCCAAUGCCUGCCGAGUGAAUAAUGGAGGCUGCAGCAGUCUAUGCCUUGCUGUGCCAGGGAGCAGACAGUGUGCCUGUGCUGAAGACCAGAUUCUUGAUGACGAUGGUGUUACUUGUAAAGCAAACCCAUCUUACGUCCCACCACCCCAGUGCCAGCCAGGAGAGUUUGCCUGUAAGAACAGCCGAUGUAUCCAGGAACGCUGGAAAUGUGAUGGAGACAAUGACUGUUUAGACAACAGUGAUGAAGCUCCUGAAUUAUGUCAUCAACACACCUGCCCUUCAGAUCGCUUCAAAUGUGAGAACAAUCGCUGUAUCCCUAACAGAUGGCUCUGUGAUGGUGACAAUGACUGUGGAAAUAAUGAAGAUGAAUCCAACUCUACAUGCUCAGCUCGUACAUGUCCUCCCAAUCAAUUCUCAUGUGCCAGCGGCCGUUGUAUCCCCAGUUCUUGGACCUGUGACCUAGAUGAUGACUGUGGUGACCGCUCGGAUGAAUCGUCAGCAUGCGCUUACCCAACAUGCUUCCCCCUGACACAGUUCACCUGUAACAGCGGACGAUGCAUCAACAUAAACUGGCGCUGUGAUAAUGAUAACGAUUGUGGAGACAACAGUGAUGAGGAUGGCUGCAGUCACUCCUGUUCUAGUACCCAGUUUAAGUGCAACAGUGGUCGUUGUAUCCCAGAGCAUUGGACGUGUGAUGGGGACAAUGACUGUGGGGACUAUAGUGAUGAGACUCAUGCAAACUGCACCAAUCAAGCAACUCGCCCACCUGGUGGCUGCCAUACUGAUGAGUUCCAGUGUCAUCCGGAUGGUCUUUGCAUUCCUAAUCGAUGGCGCUGUGAUGGAGACACUGACUGCAUGGAUACCAGCGAUGAAAAGAACUGUGAGGGCGUGACACAUGCCUGUGAUCCUAAUGUCAAAUUUGGCUGCAAGGAUUCUGCACGGUGCAUCAGUAAAGCUUGGGUUUGUGAUGGAGAUAACGACUGUGAAGAUAACUCUGACGAAGAGAACUGCGAGAUGCUCGUUUGCAAGCCUCCCUCCCAUACCUGCGCCAACAACACUUCCAUCUGCCUUUCUCCAGAGCAUCUGUGUGAUGGGAAGGAUGACUGUGGUGAUAAUUCUGAUGAGGGAGAUUUGUGUGACCAGUGCUCUUUAAACAACGGAGGAUGUAGUCAUAACUGCACAGUGGCUCCUGGCGAAGGAAUUAUGUGUUCUUGCCCCCUGGGGAUGGAAACAGGACCUGACAACAAGACAUGCCAGAUCCAGAGUUACUGUGCCAAACAUCUGCGGUGCAGCCAACGGUGUGAGCAGGAAAAGCAUACUGUCAAAUGCUCUUGUUACGAAGGCUGGAUGCUAGAGGCUGAUCACGAGAGCUGCAGAAGUACAGAUCCCUUUAAACCAUUCAUCAUCUUCUCAAACCGCCAUGAAAUUCGCCGCAUCGAUCUUAACAAGGGGGAUUACAGUGUCCUGGUGCCAGGACUAAGGAACACAAUCGCUUUGGACUUCCACUUGAAUCAGAGCACCCUCUACUGGACAGACGUGGUGGAGGAUAAAAUAUAUCGUGGAAAAUUGUCUGAAAGUGGAGCACUUACCAGCUUUGAAGUCAUAAUUCAGCAUGGAUUAGCAACACCUGAGGGCUUAGCCGUAGAUUGGAUUGCUGGAAACAUCUACUGGGUGGAGAGCAACCUUGACCAGAUAGAAGUGGCAAAGUUGAAUGGCUCAAUGAGAACUACUCUAUUGGCUGGAGACAUAGAACAUCCUCGCGCCAUUGCAUUGGAUCCUCGAAAUGGAAUCCUUUUUUGGACUGACUGGGAUUCAAGCAUGCCUCGUAUUGAAGCUGCAUCUAUGAGUGGAGAGGGACGCAGGACAAUUCAUAAAGAAACUGGAUCAGGAGGCUGGCCAAAUGGACUUACAGUGGACUACUUGGAAGAAAGGAUUUUGUGGAUAGAUGCCAGGUCAGAUGCAAUCUAUUCUGCAAAGUAUGAUGGCUCUGGGCACAUUGAGGUUCUGAAAGGCCAUGAAUAUUUAUCACACCCUUUUGCAGUCACAUUAUACGGAGGAGAGGUGUACUGGACAGAUUGGAGGACUAACACUCUAGCAAAAUCUAAUAAAUGGACAGGUCACAAUGUGACAGUAGUACAGCGCACAAACACACAACCUUUUGACCUUCAGGUGUAUCAUCCAUCCCGACAGCCACAAGCUCCAAACCCAUGUGCAGCUAAUGAUGGUAGAGGGCCGUGCAGCCAUUUAUGUCUCAUCACAUACAAUCAGUCGUUCUCCUGUGCCUGCCCACAUUUAAUGAAGCUGUCUCCUGACAAACAGACCUGCAUGGAAUUUAGGAAUUUCUUGCUGUAUGCCCGUCAGAUGGAAAUCCGUGGUGUAGAUAUUGACAACCCAUAUUAUAAUUACAUAAUCUCUUUCACUGUCCCUGACAUUGAUAACGUCACUGUGGUGGACUAUGAUGCCCUGGAGCAGCGCAUAUACUGGUCAGAUGUCCGCACACAAACCAUAAAACGAGCCUUCAUCAAUGGAACUGGAGUGGAGACUGUCGUGUCUGCAGAUUUACCUAAUGCACAUGGGUUGGCUGUUGACUGGGUCUCCAGAAACCUCUUUUGGACAAGUUAUGAUGCCAACAAGAAACAGAUAAACGUGGCUCGGUUGGAUGGAUCCUUCAAAAAUGCAGUCAUCCAGGGGCUGGACAAACCUCACUGCCUUGUCGUAAAUCCACUUCAAGGAAAACUCUAUUGGACAGAUGGAGACAAUAUCAGCAUUGCAAAUAUGGAUGGCACAGAACGGAAGGUCCUCUUUAGCAAUCAGAAAGGACCGGUUGGAUUAUCCAUUGAUUUCAUUGACCACAAGCUGUACUGGAUUAGCUCUGGAGUUGGUACCAUUAAUCGGUGCAAUCUCAAUGGGACUAUUCUGGAGAUCCUCGGUACCAUGAAGACAUAUCUCACAAAAGCAACUGCAUUAGCCAUUAUGGAUGACAAGUUAUGGUGGGCAGACCAUGCCUCUGAUAAGAUGGGGACUUGCAACAAGAAAGAUGGGUCUGACCCCCGAGUCCUGCGUCAGAACACUAAUCAGGUGAUGCACAUGAAGGUUUAUAAUGAAGAUAUCCAAAAGGGAACCAACAACUGUUCAGUAAACAAUGGAGACUGUUCUCAGCUAUGUCUUCCAACAUCUGCGACUACCCGGACCUGUAUGUGCACUGCUGGGUACAGUCUGAGGAGUGGACAACAAACCUGUGAAGGUGUUGGUUCCUUCUUGCUUUAUUCUGUCCACGAAGGAAUACGUGGAAUUCCUUUGGAUCCAAUGGAUAAAUCCGAUGCUUUGGUUCCAGUAUCUGGCACUUCUCUGGCUGUUGGCAUGGAUUUCCAUGCAGAGAAUGAUACCAUCUACUGGGUUGACAUGGGGCUCAGUACCAUCAGUCGAGCAAAACGAGAUCAGACUUGGCGUGAGGAUGUCAUUACAAAUGGCAUUGGCAGAGUGGAGGGCAUUGCUGUUGAUUGGAUUGCAGGCAACAUCUAUUGGACAGACCAGGGCUUUGAUGUCAUUGAGGUAGCUCGUUUGAAUGGCUCCUUCAGAUAUGUGGUCAUCUCACAUGGGCUGGAUAAACCUCGGGCAAUUACUGUUCAUCCAGAGAAAGGGUAUUUGUUUUGGACAGAGUGGGGUCAGCACCCUCGCAUUGAGAGAUCACGUCUUGAUGGCAGCGAGAGAGCGAUCUUAGUAGAGAGCAGUAUCAGUUGGCCCAAUGGAGUAUCGAUCGAUUAUGAGGAAGGCAAAUUGUACUGGUGUGAUGCUCGCACAGAUAAAAUAGAGCGGAUUGACCUGGAGACGGGGAAUAACAGGGAAAUGGUAUUGUCCAGCAAUAACAUGGAUAUGUUCUCAGUUUCGGUCUUUGAAGAUUACAUUUACUGGAGUGACAGAACUCAUGCAAAUGGAUCCAUCAAAAGGGGGAAUAAAGACAAUGCAACAGAAUCUGUGUCAUUGAGAACGGGGAUUGGUGUACAGCUCAAAGAUAUCAAAGUGUUCAAUAAAGACAGACAGAAGGGAACCAAUGUCUGCGCAGUCAACAAUGGUGGUUGUCAGCAGCUGUGUCUUUACCGAGGUGGAAAUCAACGUACAUGUGCCUGUGCUCACGGCAUGUUGGCGGAGAAUGGUUUAGAUUGCAGAGAAUAUGAUGGCUACCUACUUUACUCUGAGCGGACUAUUCUGAAAAGCAUCCAUCUUUCUGAUGAAAGUAGCUUGAAUGCUCCAGUGAAGCCUUUUGAGGACCAUGAACACAUGAAGAAUGUUAUAGCUCUGGCCUUUGACUACCGAGAAAGUGACAAGGGAGGAACACGAAUCUUCUACAGUGAUAUCCACUUCGGAAACAUACAGCAAAUCAAUUACGAUGGCACCGGGCGCAAAACUAUAGUUGAGAAUGUGGGUUCAGUGGAAGGCCUGGCUUAUCACCGUGGCUGGGAUACAUUAUACUGGACCAGUUACACAACUUCCACAAUCACACGGCACACCGUGGACCAAAGUCGUUUUGGGGCUUCUGAAAGAGAAACUGUUGUAACCAUGUCAGGGGAUGAUCACCCACGUGCCUUUGUUCUGGAUGAAUGUCAAGACCUUAUGUUCUGGACCAACUGGAAUGAACAGCACCCCAGUAUUAUGCGAGCUUCGCUAUCGGGUGGAAAUGUUGUGACUAUCAUUGACAAAGAUAUACGUACUCCUAAUGGGCUCGCCAUCGACCACCGAGCAGAGAAGCUUUAUUUUUCUGAUGCCACCCUUGACAAGAUUGAGAGAUGCGAGUACGAUGGCUCUAGAAGAUAUGGGAUCUUGAAGUCUGACCCUGUCCAUCCCUUUGGUCUGGCAGUGUAUGGAGAUUACAUAUUUUGGACUGACUGGGUACGUCGGGCAGUUCAGAGGGCUAACAAAUAUCUAGGCUCCGAUCUGAAACAACUUAGAGGAGAUAUCCCGCAACAGCCCAUGGGCAUCAUCGCAGUGGCAAAUGAUACAAAUAGUUGCGAAUUAUCCCCUUGCAGAAAUAAUUCAAUCUGUCAGGAUCUAUGCCUUCUCACUGCUGAUGGGAAGGUUAACUGCUCAUGUCGUGGAGAUAGAGUUCUUCAAGAGGACUUUACAUGCAGAGGUCGGAACUCCACCUGCAACCCCCAUUAUGAGUUUGAAUGUGGAAAUGGAGACUGUAUCAAUUACAGCUUCACAUGUGAUGGUGUGGCCCACUGCAAAGACAAAGCCGAUGAAAAGCAUACAUAUUGUAAUAACAGACAUUGCAAAAAAGGUUUCCAGCGCUGUACAAAUGGACGCUGCAUCUCCAAGGCUAACUGGUGCAAUGGUGUUGAUGAUUGUGGUGACAAUACGGACGAGGUAUUCUGUAACAAGACCUCCUGUGCUCUUGAUGAGUUUCGCUGCCGGGAUGGGAACUGCAUUUGGAACUCAAGUCGUUGUAACCAGAUUGUGGAUUGUGAGGACGCCUCUGAUGAAAUGAACUGCAACAUUACAGACUGCAGCAGAUACUUUAAACUGGGAGUAAAGGGCCUAACCUUCCAGAAGUGUGAACGGACCUCUCUGUGCUAUGCACCCAGUUGGAUCUGUGAUGGGUCAAAUGACUGUGGGGACUUCUCUGAUGAAAUGAACUGUCCAGGAACCCGAAAGCCAAAGUGUCGAGCCAAUGAUUUUGCUUGCACAAAUGGGCACUGCAUUCCUAUGAGCUGGACGUGUGAUAAAGAGCGAGACUGUGAAGAUGGUUCAGAUGAGACUCAUUGUGACAAGUUUUGCACUAGUAUGCAGUUUGAGUGCAACAACAAUCGCUGCAUUUCUAAAAACUGGGUGUGUGAUGGAUCCGAUGACUGUGGCGAUAAUUCUGACGAAGACAGUCGCUGCAAAUCCACCACCUGCAGCCCAGAAUCUUUCCAGUGUCCCAACACCCAUAUUUGUGUCCCUCGCCGGUGGCUAUGUGAUGGAGAUAAAGACUGCCAAGAUGGCUCUGAUGAAAGCGUCCAUGCUGGCUGCAUUUUCAACAAUACUUGUGAUUCGAAAGAAUUUAUGUGCCAGAACAAAGAGUGUAUUCCCAAACAUUUUGUAUGUGACCAUGAUGCAGACUGCCGGGAUGGUUCAGAUGAGUCUCCUGAGUGUGAGUAUCCAACAUGUGGUCCAGAUGAGUUCCAGUGUGCCAAUGGUCGAUGCUUGUUAAACAAGCAGUGGGAAUGUGAUGGAGAACCUGACUGUCAUGAUAACUCAGACGAGGCACCAAAAAAUCCUCGUUGCACAAGCUCAGAGGGAAAAUGCAAUGACACCUUCUUCCAGUGCAAGAAUGGGAAAUGUAUCCCAGAGCAGCUCCUGUGCGACAACAAUGGAGAUUGUGGUGAUGGGUCAGACGAGCUCAAUUGCUUCAUUAAUGAGUGUCUGAAUAAGAGACUGAGUGGGUGCAGCCACGAGUGUGAGGACCAGAAGAUUGGGUACAAGUGUAGAUGCCGUCCUGGUUUCCGGCUAAAGGAUGAUGGUAAAACAUGCGUUGACAUUGAUGAAUGCACCACUAUAUACCCAUGCAGCCAAAGGUGCAUCAACACUCUUGGGAGCUAUCGAUGCCUGUGUGUGGAAGGUUAUGAGGUCCGAUCCAGUGAUCCAAACAGCUGCAAAGUUGUAGGUGCUGGGGCAGAUGAAGAGCCAUUCUUAAUAUUUGCCAAUCGCUACUACUUACGGAAGCUAAGUCUUGGAGGCACAAAUUACACCUUACUGAAACAGGGCUUGAACAAUGCAGUUGCAUUAGAUUUCGAUUACCGGGAGGAAAUGAUAUACUGGACAGAUGUUACUACUCAGGGUAGCAUGAUCCGCCGAAUGCACAUCAAUGGCAGCAAUGUACAGGUCCUCCAUCGUACUGGACUCAGUAACCCUGAUGGCCUCGCUGUGGACUGGGUUGGAGGGAACCUAUACUGGUGUGACAAAGGCAGAGAUACUAUUGAAGUUUCCAAACUUAAUGGGGCUUACCGUACAGUACUGGUUAAUUCUGGUCUGAGGGAACCACGUGCACUGGUGGUGGAUGUAAAACAUGGUUAUCUCUAUUGGACUGACUGGGGAGACAAAUCUCUCAUUGGUAAGAUUGGCAUGGAUGGUACCAACAGAAGCGUCAUUGUGGAUAGCAAGAUUAUAUGGCCCAAUGGUCUUACGCUGGAUUAUGUCAACAGCAGAAUUUACUGGGCAGAUGCCAGGGAGGAUUACAUUGAGUUUGCUGACCUUGAUGGCAAGAAUCGGCACACAGUGCUUAGCCAGGAUAUUCCGCACAUCUUUGCAUUGACACUGUUUGAGGAUUACAUAUAUUGGACGGAUUGGGAAACCAAGUCUAUAAAUCGAGCACACAAAACCAUGGGAACUAACAAAUCCCUUCUUAUCAGUACUCUCCAUCGACCUAUGGACAUCCAUAUCUACCACUUGUACCGGCAGCCAGACGUUGAAAAUCAUCCUUGCAAAAACAACAGUGGUGGUUGCAGCAACCUGUGUCUUUUAUCACCUGAAGGGGGCUACAAGUGUGCAUGCCCUACCAACUUCUACCUUGGUGCAGAUGGAAAAACGUGUGUCUCUAAUUGCACUGCCAGCCAGUUUGUCUGCAAGAAUGACAAAUGUAUCCCAUUCUGGUGGAAGUGUGACACAGAAGAUGAUUGUGGUGAUCGAUCUGAUGAGCCUGCAGAUUGCCCUGAAUUCAAGUGUCGACCAGGCCAGUUCCAGUGCUCCACUGGAAUCUGCACAAAUCCUGCUUUUAUUUGUGAUGGAGAUAAUGACUGCCAAGAUCAUUCUGAUGAAACCAAUUGUGAUGUUCACGUAUGCCUUCCCAGCCAGUUUAAAUGUACCAAUACUAAUCGCUGCAUUCCUGGAAUUUUCCGUUGCAACGGACAGGACAACUGUGGAGAUGGAGAUGAUGAGAAAGAUUGCCCUGAAGUCACAUGUGCCCCCAACCAGUUCCAGUGUGCCAUUAAUAAGCGUUGCAUCCCUCGUGUGUGGGUAUGUGAUCGCGAUAAUGACUGUGUGGAUGGGUCAGAUGAGCCGGAUAACUGCACUCAGAUGACGUGCGGUGUGGAUGAAUUCAGGUGCAAGGACUCAGGCCGGUGCAUCCCAGCUCGCUGGAAGUGCGAUGGAGAGCAUGAUUGUGGUGACGGCUCAGAUGAACCCAAAGAGGAGUGUGAUGAAAGAACUUGUGAGCCAUACCAGUUCCGCUGUAAGAACAACAGAUGCGUCCCUGGUCGUUGGCAGUGUGAUUACGACAAUGACUGCGGAGACAACUCUGAUGAGGAGACCUGCACUCCGCGUCCGUGUUCAGAAAGUGAAUUUUCAUGUGCCAAUGGACGUUGCAUUGCUGGCCGUUGGAAAUGCGAUGGAGACCAUGACUGCAUUGAUGGAUCAGAUGAGAAAGACUGCAAGUUACGCUGUGAGUUAGACCAGUUUCCCUGCAACAAUGGUCACUGCAUCCCACAUCGUUGGCGUUGUGAUGCUGAUGCGGAUUGCAUGGAUGGCAGUGAUGAAAUUAACUGCAAUAACACUGUAGUACGGACAUGCCCUCUGGAUGAGUUCCAGUGUAACAACACCCUCUGCAAACCACUCUCUUGGAAGUGUGAUGGAGAAGAUGACUGUGGUGACAACUCUGAUGAGAGGCCGGAGGAAUGCUUGAAGUUUACUUGCCCCCCAUAUAGACCUUUCCGUUGUAGAAAUGACCGGGUUUGCCUCCGAAUGGGACGUGUCUGUGACGGGAUUGAUAACUGUGGAGAUGGAACCGAUGAAGAAAAUUGUGAAAAGCCUAAAACCUGUGAUAAGGAAAAGACCGAAUUUCAGUGUAAAAAUGGCAACUGCAUCGAUUCUCGCUUGCGCUGUGACUUGUUUGAUGACUGUGGCGACGGCACAGAUGAAGAGUUCUGUUAUCGUCAUCAACACCUGGCAGAGCAGGGUUGUAAAUCCAAUAUCACUAUAUGUGGAGAAGAGAUGAAAUGUGUGCAGACACAGAACACUGUGUACUGCGUCUGUAAAGAAGGGUUCCAGAAGAUCCCAGGAAGCCUCGCAUGCAGAGAUAUCAACGAAUGUCUAACAUUUGGCACAUGCUCACAGUACUGCAACAACACAAAAGGUUCCUACAUGUGCACGUGUGCGAAAAACUUUGUUAAGUCUAAUCACACGUGCAAAGCAAAUGUGUCUAAUCAGGUUCUCUACAUCGCUGAUGAUAAUGAGAUCAGAAGUUUGUAUCCUUUCAACCCUAACUCUGCAUACGAGCAGGCAUUCAGAGGUGAUGAGACCGUACGUAUUGAUGCCAUGGAUGUGUAUGUAAAGGGCAAUAGACUUUACUGGAGCAACUGGCACACUGGAAAGAUCUCCUAUCGAGAACUACACGGGACAUCGUCUUCUACGUCUUCCAACCGCAACAAAAGGCAGAUCGAUGAUGGAGUCACCGACCUCAAUAUUCCUGGGUUAAAGAUGCCCAAAGGCAUAGCUAUUGACUGGGUAGCAGGAAACAUUUACUGGACUGAUUCUGGUCGGGAUGUCAUUGAGGUUGCUCAGAUGAAGGGUGAACACAGAAAAACAUUGAUCUCUGGCAUGAUUGACGAGCCUCAUGCAAUAGUGGUGGAUCCUCAGAGAGGAACCAUGUACUGGUCUGACUGGGGUAAUCAUCCAAAGAUCGAGACAGCAGCUAUGGAUGGUACUCUGAGAGAGACGUUGGUGGAAGAAGACAUUCAGUGGCCCACAGGUUUGGCUGUGGAUUAUUACAAUGAGCGCCUCUAUUGGGCAGAUGCCAAAUUAUCGAUCAUUGGCAGCAUUCGGCUUAAUGGAACUGACCGUGUUGUGGCUAUUAAUAACAAUAAAGGUCUGACACAUCCAUUCAGUAUUGACAUCUUUGAUGAUUAUAUCUACGGUGUGACAUACAUUCACAAUCUAAUAUUUAAAGUGCAUAAGUUUGGACAUGGCCCUGUCACCAAUUUGACAUGGGGAAUAAACCAUGUUACUGAUGUGGUGCUGUAUCAUCAAUACAAACAACCUGAAGUGACCAACCCAUGUGACCGAAAGAAGUGUGAGUGGCUCUGUUUGCUAAGCCCGAGUGGACCAGUGUGUACAUGUCCAAAUGGAAGGAGGCUCGAUAAUGGGACAUGCAUGCCUAUACCAUCCCCAACACCAUCACCAGAUGCACCCACUCCAGACAGCUGCACAUUAGAAUGUCUGAACGGAGGCCAAUGCUUUUUGAAUGCACGUAAACAACCAAAAUGUCGCUGCUUGCCCAGUUACGAUGGUGACAGGUGUGAGAUUGAUCAGUGUAAGGACUACUGCAAGAACGGAGGAAACUGUGCCCCGUCACUGUCAGGUAUGCCCACGUGCCGCUGUCCCACUGGCUUUACUGGUCCUAAGUGUCUACAGCAGGUGUGCACAGCCGAUUACUGUCAAAACAACGCCUCGUGCUCCGUGAAUAUAGGCAAUCAACCCAACUGUCGAUGCCUUAAUGAUUACAUUGGAGACAAGUGUCAAUACCGGAAAUGUUUUGAUUACUGCAAAAACGGAGGAACCUGCCAGAUGACUGUUAAUGGAACCAAGCAGUGUCGCUGCACAGUAGGAUAUGAAGGCCCCCAGUGUGAGAUUGACAGGUGUACACGCUGCAAGGAUGGGAAAUGUAAUACAAACAAUGGAGAGAUAAUAUGCGUGUGCACAGAUGGCAGAGUUGGCAAGUCAUGCCUGACGUGUGACAAUUACUGCUUAAAUGGAGGAACUUGCACUAUCAAUCGUGAAACAGAGAUGCCAGAGUGCCAAUGCCCACCAGACAGGACUGGUACUGUGUGUGACAUGUUUGUGGGAAUGACCCCGCAAAGCAGCAGUACUACCUCCAUUAUAAUUCCAGUUAUAGUAAUCAUUCUCCUAGUCCUACUCGGUGUUGGUGUAUUCGUGUGGUACAGACAUCGGAUGAGUGGAGCUAAAGGGUUCCAACAUCAGCGAAUGACAAAUGGAGCUAUGAAUGUAGAGAUUGGCAAUCCCACCUAUAAAAUGUAUGAGGGUGAGCCGGAUGAUGAUGUAGGAGAAUUGCUUGAUGCAGACUUUGCUUUGGAUCCUGAUAAGCCCACGAACUUCACUAACCCAGUGUAUGCCACCCUGUAUAUGGGUGCUCAUAACAGUCGAAACUCGCUAGCCAGCACAGAUGAGAAGAGGGAGUUGCUGUCUCGUGGAGGUGAAGAGGACUUCUCCGACCCUUUGGUGUAGGGUGAAAAUUUUAAUAAAAUGAAAGAGAAAUAGCUAAAAACUUUUUAAAAAUAUGGAGAAAACACACACACAACCUAAUGUGUAUAAAGUGUAUAAAUGAAGGACUACUUUUAUAUUUGAUCUCAGUAUUAUAAAUAUAUUUUUUUUUCCUUCCCAUUAAUUUUUUGGAACCUGUCUACAUUCCCCUCAGUUCCACACCCAUACAUGCUUGGAGACUGCCUGUAACGGGACUCUGUAAAUGGCACAGAAGUGGAACACAGAUCUCGUCACUCAUAGUAUGAGUUAAAGUGUGGGAAGCAGUGGACAAUGCAGAGGAGGAGGCAGCUUGUUUUUAAAAUAAAAUGUUAAAGAAGUCACACAAAACAAGAGAGGGCGAUUUUAUAAUUUCAAGGGCUGGCCUUUUAACAAAAGACUGUUACGUUAUUUUAUCCACUUUGAGCAUCGCCAAGAUGGUACAACACAAGAUUCGCCAGCUUGAUAUCUGUAUUAGAUUUUUACUUUAUUUCUUUCAUUUGCUUCAUCGUUUAGCUAUGGCACACAGUAAAUAAUUCUUUAGUUUUUUGUUUUUUUGUAAUUUUAUAGAUGGGGCAAUGUAAUUUUCUGGCUGGACCUUUUAAAAACAAUGUAAGUGGAAUGUACCUUGGGAUAAUGAGAAGGUUUUGUAAAAUGUCACUUUCAUCAACUACUUUUCAACGGAACAGGAAGUGACAUAGUGUAGCUUCCUGUCUGCAUUUCCAAGAACGACAUUCCUCAUUUUAUGUAACAAUAAAAUCACCAUUGAGAUUACAGGGAACUCCUGUCAAAGCAAUGGACAAGCUGCUUAUAAAAGUCUUAUUGUGCCUCAUCUCUGGAAAGUAGAGGAGAGUAAUUCCCUCUUUCUAGCCAGAGAGAAGACUUUCCCGAUCUAAUGAAUGUGUCAGAACAAAAAGUCCAGCCUUGCUACCAGUGCUCGCAAGUCAUGGAGUGUAAGUAGGGCUUUGUCUGCAGUUAGUUUUGUGCAAUCUAGCCCAUUUGACAGUAUCUGUAAAGAACAAAACAAUAUUUUUAAACUCCUUUUCUUGAAAUCCUAGACAAAAUGUAAGAUUACCCAGUUCUACACCCAGGGCACUUUAGGGAACCCACAUUGUAGAGUUAUGGCUUCUGCCUUUUGGAAGAUUUAUAGAGUAUGGAAAGAGCAGUGCUACAACACUUUAAAUUAUGUUUUAGUUUUAUAAAUCAUGUUUUCUUUUCAUAUUGAGUGCAAAUUUCCAUUGCUGUCUAAAAUACUUCUGGGAGAAAAAUUAAAAACUUUUUCAAGAUUUACCCCUUUUUUCUAAAGAAUGUAUCACUUUUAAUUCCCGUACACUGGUUUGUGUAAAUUGUAUGAACACUAACCGCUUGGUUGAACCAGAACUGUUCACUUGGGACAAAAAGAAGGAACAUUAAUGUUACUUGAGGAGAUGAGCAUUUUUAUAUAUGUGUGUCUUUUGUAGCACUGUUCUUUACAUAUAUAAUUAUAUUAUUUGAUUUGCAAUUAUUUCAUGCACGGGGAGUAUUCAGCAGGUCCAUCUGGCAAUAAAUGGCUUAGUUUGGUCCUGAUGGCAAA